UUGCUAGUUCCGGGACCGGAAGCCAUCAUCCUGGCACACCCGGUGGAGGCGCCGUGUUUCCGGGGACCAUCCAGGGCAGCAUCGGCGAUUUUUCUGGGACCGGCCUGGUCUUCCCGUGGGCGACCAACGCGCGCGGAAAGCCACGCCGGGGGAUGAUGAGGAGAGCCGUUUUCUCGGAUCUUCAGCGACGCGGACUAGAGAAGAGGUUCCAGAUACAAAAGUACAUCAGCAAGCCGGAUCGCAAGAAGCUCGCUGAAAAACUCGGUCUCAAGGACUCACAGGUGAAGAUCUGGUUUCAAAAUCGGCGCAUGAAGUGGCGGAACAGCAAGGAGCGGGAGCUGCUGGCGACCGGCGGCUCGCGCGAGCAGACGCUACCGAACAAGAACAAUCCCAAUCCGGAUCUGAGCGACGCGGACGGGGACCGGCCGAGAAUGGACCUGAGCGACGUGAGCCCGCUCACGAGCCCGCAAAGGCCCGAGGAGCAAACGGAGAACGAGGAGGACGAGGAGAUCAAUGUCACGUGAUAAAGCUCACCGCUAAACCCAGCAUCCCCCGUUUGGCCUCCGACGACAAGUGAUGACAAUUUUUUAAAUCCGUGAACCAAACAGG